CUGCCUCUUUGUCCGCCGCUCGUUUGACUCGCCCUCUUAAUGGCGCUGUAUUCAUUCUUUAUCCUCACAUCCUUAAUUUUCGUCCCAGUACACGCUACCAACGAUUGGAGCAAACCUUGUUUCUACGGAGAAUGCGAAUAUUCUCUUCCGACGGAUGUACCCGCAUCAGGAUCAUUGAAAAUCUGGGGUUCAGCCGACGCACUUUCAGACAUCACACCUGCGGCCGGUUGGGAAAUCCUUGAUUGCUCAGCAGACGGGCUCGAACAGGAAAUUCGACUUAUUUGCUUGGAUAACAACACCGAUUCCACCGGUUGCGACCAUCUCUAUCAGAGUAAUGGUGCCGUGGAUAAGAUCGUCCGCUUACCGGAGAGUUGUGGUGAAAAUGCGUUCGCGCGUGUCGCUAGAGCAUGGGAUCCUGAGGACCAGUCCCUUCCUUCUGAUGUGGCUGCUCGUGUGGUUCGUCGCGAUGGGACUACUCCUCCCGUCAAGGCCUUGGCAUUGGACACAAAUUUCGCUGCUAUUAACUCUUCGAAACUUGGGACCGUCAAUUUCACUAUCGUAGGCACUAACAUCCCCGGUGCCGAUAUCGAUCUCUCCUCCGUCUCUGGGUCUUUACGGCGCAGCCGUUUAUCGUCCCGAGACACGUCUGGGAACAUACUUAGCUUCCUCGAGGAUCUUUUGGGUAUUCCCGUCAGUGUCGACCCGUCUUUUGAUAUUUCCGUUGAUGUCGAUCAAACUUUCAAUCUCCUCAAUGAGAGCGUGUCAUGCCAGUCUAUAAAUGCCAGUCUAGAUAUCAAUGUUACAGCGAAAGCACAUGCACUUGCUACUUUAGGUGUAUCUGUCAACGGGACUAUUAUUCCCCCCGAAAUUGAUGAUUUCGAAAUCAUAGCUAAUCUUGAUGCUACUCUUGAUAGUGCUAUCGAUAUUCUUGCCGAUGUUACUGGCACACUGGACUCUGGACGAAUUGUUCUUCUCCAGAUUCCUAUAUCAGGUAUCGAUUUCCCUGGCAUCUUUUCUGUUGGACCCUCUUUCGAAAUCGAUGCUGAGGCCAAGGCAGAGUUGGAUGCUAAUCUCGACCUUAGCGUCGGUGUUGUGUAUAACAUCUCUCAGGCUCAAUUCAUUUAUCCACCCGAUGGGGGUAAUACGACGAGUAGUGGAUCCUUUAAUGCUGGGGAUACACCGUUGAAGCUUUCGGUCGGCACCGCCGUCAAUGCUACGGGCAUGAUCGAAGCACAUCUGAUACCGCGCCUCAACUUGGGCGUAUCCGCUUUCGCCGAUGAGGUUACAGCCACCGUGUUUCUGGAGUUGGAUGCUAGUGCGACCCUGGAUCUCGAGAUCGAUGGAGCGGCAGAAGCCAACGCCACAAUCGGAGAUGGGUCGACGAGCACAGAUGUUUCUUCGGAUAUGUUGACUACAUCAGAAUUGACUUCAACUGGUGCUGCGGUUGGGAUCGCAGCAGCGGAGAGCAGCUCUGCUAUAGACUCUGACAGCCAACUCUCUUCUGUUGACACACCGAGCUCGUCACCGCCGGACAUGACAACCUCUUUAGAUCCAACAACCUCUUCCGCCCUAAUCGUUCCGACUUCUUCUGUCGAUAGUUCAACUGUUACUUCCAUCUCAACCCUCUCCACUGAAACUACCGCUGUUUCUGAUACACUCAAUCGCAAGAGGCGAAUCCAGGCGACCCCCACUGCUGAAGCUGUAUACGCCGCAAGAUCAGCUGCAGCCCGCUCUGUUUCUGCCACUGACACUGGUGUGUCUACGAAUACCAGCACCAGUGGCGGAGGAUGUGUCUCCGUUUAUUUAGGGUUUGACGUCAAUAUUGGGGCAGAAGGGAACCUUUUCGAUAUCAUCAAGGGUAGCGUGACCGACACGCUGUUCAGCAAAGAUUUUGAGCUCUUUGAGAAAUGCUUCGGGUCUCGAACUGGUGAGACUGCGACUCUAAGACGACGAGAUCGAAUAGCAAGUCGAUCGAUGCUCGACCUUCUCUGUUCAACCAGUGAUCUUUCUCAAGUUACGCCGAUUGUGGAUGAAGACAUUAGUGCUUCCGGGUGACUCGUAGCCCUCAAGUCUAAAACCAUCUAUCAACCACGCUUUCUUCGUCGACUAUAAUAUUUAUAAUCUUUCGUAUUUGAAUAUCACAUUCGCAUUCAUUUCGUGAAGUACCAUCCGUUCCGGGAAUGUCUCGCCAUUCUGUAUCUCUCAUUUGUACUGACCAUCUUUAUCCAGCGCAGGAACUUACCGUCGCCGACUCUGUCGAUCUGUAGCUUAUGUGUUCUUUUGGAAGACUAUCCUGUGCACCGAGUUCCUUGGUUCCAUGAAUGAUAUACCAGCGAAUGCGCAAUUCCCUUGCGUAUAGUGAUCAGUC